UAAAACCUUGAUACAAGAUUAUUUCCUGGAACUUUCUUACUGCUGAGAAAUUCAUUUCGUUUGAAGAAAACAAGUCAGUUAAGACAGUAAUACGUAGGAGUAACCAUGUUUCUUUUACUAUAUAUAUCAUUUAUGUUAUUAAAUAUUUUACGGAUAAAUUGUGAUCAAACCUGUGACUGCCAGGAGAUGGAAACCAUAAAAGAAAUUGUUCAGCAACUUAUGUUUGAACAAAAACUGCAGUCGGCAAAACUUCGUAAAAUGAAAGCCAGGCAAAGAUCUACAUCACUGGGGUCAGCCAGAGCAGUUUCUGCAGAUCGACUUUCAAAGAUGGAAACAAAGGUAAAAGAAGUAGAUAACAAACUAAACUACUUUAUGAAAGAAAAGCUGGAUGACAAAGAAGAUAUUGCAACUGUUUUGAAGAAAACGCUGACUUCUGAAAAGCUAGAAAGAAUAUAUUUUGCUUCGGAAAUGGAAAGCCAAAUGACUGAAAUGAAGGAGAACGUUGAGAAUUUCAAAAAAGAAACAACUAGCGAAAUUGAUCGCCGUAUUGCAAAUAUCAGCGCAACUCAAUACGAUUUUAAGCGAGAUGUAAAUGAAAAACUGGAAGAUAUAAAAGGACAAACAGACAGGUCAGUCAGCCAGGUUAUGAAAGAUGCAACUUCAUCUCAGAAACUAUUCAUGCUUGAAAUAGAUGAAAAGCUGGAAAAAACGAAAGAUCACAGAGUAGCAUUUACAGCAUACGGUUUCACAGAAGGUAUGGUUUCUGAAGAGCCUCGAUUUCCAAACAUAUUGGAAAACUCUGGAGAUGGCUAUGACAGUACAACUGGAAAAUUCUCUUGCAGUGUUUCUGGGAUUUAUCAUUUUGUUGUAACGUUAUCAAUUAAGCAAGACGAUGAACAUAAAUCGUUAAACUGUUAUAUUUAUGUAAAUGCUGAACGAACAAUACAAAUGUAUGUGCAAAAACACUCACAUGAGUCUAAGAAUUCAUAUCCCGCGACCGUGUCAGGAACACUAUAUCUGAACAGAGGAGAUACUGUUUAUGUUGGCGAUUGUAACGUAUAUGGGAGAAUCUACAGUGACACGUCCACUAUUUUCACCGGUUUCUUAGUUUCUGCAGAUAAUUAAUUAGUAUCAUGCAGGCCAUGCAUAAUGUUUGCAAAUUGGACACUAAUGGUAAUAGAAAAACAAACCAGCAACUAUUAACAAUAGCAAAGUUUAUUUUUCAAAGUAACAAUUCAAAGACAUUGGAAAUGUUAACUAGCCGUUAAGUCCAAUUAUAAUAUACAAGAAUA